ACGUAAAGGAGGGAGCACCCGUACGUUGAGAGCAGGUCAUAUAUAUCCUUAUAAAUGUAUUACUUCCUCAAUUCACCAAAAGGACAUCAACUGCCAUGGCAGCCCGUUUUUGCUGUGUUGUUGUUGUUGGUUUGAGCGUUAUGACUACUUGUAUUGAAGGAACCUUACGACUCAUUGGAGGAGAUGACCAAUAUGAAGGAAGACUAGAGGUAUACCACGAUGGCGAGUGGCAGUCAGUUUGUUACGACUACUGGAGCAAUGACAAUGCCAUCGUCGCAUGCAGACAACUUGGAUUAAAAGGACGAUCAUGGAAAGCUGACAAUUCAGGUCGUGGAAAGUUUUGGAUAACAGACGUAGAUUGCGAUGGGACUGAAGAUCGUCUUGAAAGUUGUAACUCUAACCCAAUCGUAUCUACCGAAUGUGAGGACAAAGAUGAUUAUGUUUACCAAACGUGCACGCCACCAAAAGAUGGCGUUUUACGGUUACAAAAAGGACCGAUACAAAAUGAGGGCAGACUAGAAAUAUAUCACGACGAUAAGUGGGGGACGGUAUGUGAUGAUGAAUGGAAGACACACCCUCAGAAUGCAGAAGUGGCAUGUCGUCAGCUUGGUUAUAAAGGCGGAUCAAGUCGAGCAGCUAAAUCCCUAGAACAAUCCAGCAGUAGUGAUAACUUUUGGAUGGACAAUGUAAAGUGUGUCGGUAACGAAUCUCGCAUUCAGGAUUGUUCCUUUAAUCGUUGGGGUAAACACGACUGUCGCUCCCACGAAGAAAUUUAUCUUGAAUGCGACGAAUAUAAAGAUAACCUGACCCGGCUUGUAGGUGGUUCUGACCAGUACGAGGGCCGACUGGAAGUAUAUCACGCUGGUCAAUGGGGCUCUGUCUGUAUUGAUCGAUGGGAUAACUUUGUGUUAAAUGCUCAUGUAGCCUGUCGACAGCUCGGUCACACAGGUGGUUCGUUCAGACGGGUCACUGCCACAGAGCGAGGUGAGGGACAGUUCUGGAUGGACGGCAUUGAAUGUAAUGGCGAAGAAACUCAUUUGAACCAUUGUAAUUUCAACGGAUGGGGAAGCGAGAACUGCUUCCAUUCCGAAAACGACGACGUAUUCCUUCAGUGUAAUCCUAACAAAGGGGCUGUUCAGCUUGCCGAUGGAACUAACCGCUACAAUGGACUUGUACAGGUUUUUAACCGUGGGAACUGGAUAUCACUUUGUAAUGAUGUCUGGACAAACGAUAACUUGAAUGUCGUAUGCAGGCAACUUGGAACAAUAGGAAAGAGAAGCGACGAAAAAGUCUAUUCUCAAGGAUUAUACUAUCCUGGGGAUUUCCGAUGCGGAGGUUCUGAAAAAUAUCUAUUGAAAUGUUCGUAUCGCCCAAGAACAUGUUCAUUUCAUGAAAGAGUCGUGGUGACAUGUCGAGUUCCAGCUUCUCCUCGAAAUGGAAGGUGUGAAAUUGACAUACAAGAGACCUGUGAAGAAACUCUUACGUGCCAGGAGGUUAACGGAUUUGGCAGAUGUGUAUGUAAUAACGAAUCUUUUUGGGAUGGAAGUACAAACAAAUGUAAAAACAAGUUGCUGUUCAAUGAAAUGUGUGAUCCGCUCAUCGAUGACGUAUGUACCAGCGACUUGUCAUGUAAACCUACAAAUGGAUCCACAACAUUUAAGUGCACUAUGUCAGGAGGAUAGAUUCUGGGACAUCUCUAUAAAGAAAUGUCGUAGAAAGAUAAUUUUUAAUGACGAAUGUGACCCUUCCUCUGGAGACGUAUGUACCAGUGAUUUGUCAUGUGAAAGAAUCAACGGAACAA